AAAUGGGGCUAGCUUGUUCUUCUGGCAGUCAUAAAUCAAAUAAAUCCUAAUUACAGGAAAUUAAGUUUCCUUUAUUGAUUGCUGAGAAUUUCAUUAAAAUCAUUGGAUAAUUAUAGUUAUCUGAUGAAGUUAUUGGCGAUCUUCGUUACAAUUUGAACUAGCUAAUAAUUAUGAGAAGCAAGUUAGCACACUGUAUUGCUCGUUUGUAAAAGAAAUACUCUGAUUAUCUCUUAUCAGAUUUAGAAAAUGAAUUACAGACACUAUUAAAUACUGUGGAGACAGUGUUAUAGGAUUCAUAACUGAAAAUUCAGUUUCCAACAAUAGAAUAAUACUUGUUGGAAUAGUUAGAAUUACAUCGUUAUCAUAUGAAAUAACAACUAUGA